AGGAGGAGAUUAUUGUGCCACGUUGAUGGAGCCGAAGACCAGUGCGGACGUGGAAUUUCAUUGAAUGUGCAUUCUGUAGCGGAGAGCUGUCGGCUUGUUAAGUCUUGCACAAUAAGAAAAGGGAACUUGCACGAGUGAUCAACGUUUUUUUGACGCAUAUCGACUGUAUGUGUUAUAAGAGCAAACAGAUCUGAGAAGAAUGAAGCUCAAAGAGAUCAACCGCACGGCCAUCCAGAGCUGGAGCCCAGCACAGCACCACCCUGUGUACCUGGCAGCAGGUACGUCAGCCCAGCAGCUGGAUGCCUCCUUCAGUACCUCCGCCUCUCUGGAGAUCUUUGAGCUGGACCUGGCCGAGCCUUCUCUGGACAUGAAGCUCCGUGGAGCUUACUCCUCCUCUCACAGAUACCACAAGCUGGCGUGGGGUCCCCACGGCAUGGAUGCACAGGGUCUCCCGUCUGGAGUGCUCAUCGCAGGGGGAGAGAACGGCGACGUCAUCCUUUACGACCCGGCCAAGAUCAUUGCUGGACACGGUGACGUUGUCAUCGCUCAGAGUAACAAACACAGCGGGCCAGUUAGAGCCCUUGAUGUCAACUCCUUCCAGGACAACCUGGUGGCUUCAGGAGGUAAUGAAUCAGAGAUCUACAUCUGGGACCUAAACAACUUUGGCUCCCCGAUGACACCAGGCCCUAAAACUCAGCCUCUAGAGGACAUCAGCUGUGUGGCGUGGAACAGGCAGGUCCAACACAUCCUGGCCUCAGCCAGCCCCAGCGGCCGCGCCUCCAUCUGGGACCUCCGCAAGAACGACCUAAUCAUCAAAGUCAGCGACCACAGCAACAGGAUGCACUGCUCUGGGCUAGAAUGGAACCCCGAGGUAGCUACUCAGCUGGUGCUGGCCUCGGAGGAUGACAGGAUGCCAGUGAUCCAGAUCUGGGACCUGCGUUUUGCCACCUCCCCUCUCAAAGUCCUGGAGAACCACACACGGGGUGUCCUGGCCAUCGCCUGGAGCCUGGCGGACCCUGAGCUGCUACUGAGCUGCGGGAAAGACAACCGAAUCCUCUGCUGGAACCCCAACACUGCCGAGGUGCUGUAUGAGCUGCCUACCAGUACCCAGUGGUGCUUUGACAUCCAGUGGUGUCCCAGGAACCCGGCGGUGCUGUCGGCCGCAGCCUUCGACGGACACAUCAGCAUCUACUCCAAUGGGGGCAGCAGCCAGGCUUCCAGCCAGACACAGGCAAACACGAUCAGCACGUCAUUUGGCAAUAUGGAUCCAUUUGGGAUGGGUCAGACCCUGCCCCCCCUGCAGCUUUCCCAGGCCCCGCCCGCCUCCACCACCAUCACCCCCCUAAAAAAGCCCCCCAAGUGGAUCCGCAGGCCCGUGGGGGCCUCCUUCGCUUUUGGUGGUAAGCUGGUGUCGUUAGAGAACAUCAAGCCCAACCCCCAACAGCCUCAGCAGCCCACGGCUCAUGUGGUUCACAUUAGUCAGGUGAUUACGGAGACGACCUUCCUGGAGCGCUCUGCCCAGCUGCAGGCCACACUGGCUGCUGGCAGCUUCGUUGACUUCUGCCAGGAGAAGAUGGACUCGGCCCAGAACGAGUUUGAGAAGACCGUCUGGUCCUUCCUGAAGGUGAACUUUGAGAAUGAUGCUCGUGGAAAAUACCUGGAGCUUUUGGGAUAUAAGAAAGAGGAGCUAGCAGCAAAGAUUGCAGCAGCAUUAGAGGGAGAACCUAUUCAGCCCGAGGAGCCCUCCACUGCUCUUGCCCCCACCUCUGUGCCUGAACCUGAGGCUGAUCCUGGACCAGAACCAGAGGUAGUGCCCUUUCCCGCUCCCCAGCUCAACACGGAGCCUGAGGUCCUUCCUCCCAUGCCUGAGGCUGCUACUGUUGAGCCCACCCCCGAACCACCGCUUGAGCCCGCCCUCCAGCCUGAACCUGGACCCCAGCCAGAGCUUGCCCCCCCGCCCAGCGGUGACCUUUCAGCUUCUGAUCCUAUGCCUGUCCUCCAAUCGGAGCCUGUUCUUACUGUUGACCUCAGUGCAGAACCCCAGCUUCUUGCUCCCGUUGCUCUCCUGCCAGAGUCUGACCCUACUCUGGCCCCCCCAGCUGACCUGCAGCAAGCACCCAUGUUUGAUCCCACUGCCCCCUUUACCCUCCAGCCUCCAACAGAGUUCAACCAAGUGAACUCACUGCCUGUAUCUGAAUUUGACCAGGUGGACUUACAGGCUGUACCCGGCUUCGACCCGACAUCAACAAUGCCCAGUCUGCAGUCGGCAGUCCAGCUGGACCUGGCGCCUCCUGUCUCCACCCUGCAGCCUCUAGCAGACCCUGGACUCCCGCCUGAAGACGCAUUUGACCUCAUCGCUGCUACAAACCUCCAGCCAGCAGCAGAAGUGGAACUCUCACCUGCUCCAGAACCAGAAACGGAAGAUCCAUUUGACCUCAUCGCUGCUACAAACCUCCAGCCAGUAGCGGAAGUGGAACUCUCACCUGCUCCAGAAGCAGAAGCGGAAGAUCCAUUUGACCUCAUCGCUUCUGCAAACCUCCAGCCAGCAGCAGAAGUGGAACUCUCACCUGCUCCAGAACCAGAAACGGAAGAUCCAUUUGACCUCAUCGCUUCUGCAAACCUCCAGCCAGCAGCAGAAGUGGAACUCUCACCUGCUCCAGAACCAGAAACGGAAGAUCCAUUUGACCUCAUCGCUGCUGCAAACCUCCAGCCAGUAGCGGAAGUGACUGGACUUCUGGAACCAUUGGCAGCAGAAGUAGACCUGACAGAAGCCCUUGGAGCUGAGCCCAUCGCCCAGGAAGAGAUGCCAGUAAAUGAAGAGAUUCCUCUGGAGGAGGAGGCGGCUCCACCAGCAGAGGCGAGCCUGCCAGGGGAGGCUCCAGUCCCAGAGGGCAUUAAACUCCGCGUCAGUCAAGGCGUGGAUGGCCUGAUCACCCAGGCCCUGCUGACGGGGGACUUCCAGGGCGCAGUGGAACUCUGUCUCCAUGACAACCGCAUGGCUGACAGCAUCAUCCUGGCCAUCGCCGGAGGGGCUGAGCUUCUAGAGAAAACACAGAGGAAGUACUUCACCAAGACUCACAGCAAGAUCACCAAGCUGAUCAGUGCGGUGGUGAUGAGGGACUGGCGUGACAUGCUGCAGACCUGUGAGCUGCAGAACUGGAAGGAAGCUCUGGCUGCAGUCAUGACCUACGCUCAGCCCGAGGAGUUCUCCUCUCUGUGUGACCUGCUGGGCUGCAGACUGGAGGCUGUGGAGGACUGCACGCUGAAGGCUCAGGCUUGUCUGUGUUACAUCUGCGCUGGCAACGUGGAGAAACUGGUGACCUGCUGGACCAGAGCACAGGACAGACACUGCCCUCUCUCUCUGCAGGAUCUAGUCGAGAAGGUGGUGGUGCUACGCAAGGCGGUAGAGCAGAACCAGGAGUCUGAUCCCUCUGCUGUGGGGCUUCUACUGGGGGAGAAGAUGAGUCAGUAUGCCAGCCUGCUGGCCUCCCAGGGCAGCCUCACCAACGCCAUCGCAUACCUGCCCCAGAACACAGAGCAGGUUGCGGUGCAGCAGCUGCGUGACCGUCUCAGCAGAGCUCUGGGUCAACAGGCUCCUGCUGCAGCCCCAGUAGCCCAACUCCCAUCCCCUCAGCCCACAGCUGCCCAGCCCAGGCAGCUCUUCACCCCUGCCCAGCCUUCUAUGGUGUCCCAGCAGCCCGCUCCGGCCCCUGUGCCUGCCGCUGCCACCGCACCGCAACAGUAUUACCAGCCGGUGAGGUCUGCCUCUACAGUUACCUCCUGGAGUAACCAAACUCCCACAGCUCUCCCCAGUGUCCCUCCUCCUCAUCUAGGCCCUGCCACCACAGAGCCCCAGGUUCAGCCGACACCCCCCAUGUAUGGGAUGCCUCCCUCUGGGUCAGCUGCUCCCCCAGCCUCCUCGUCUGCUGCAUACCCCCCCAUGUACUCACAUCAGUACCAGCCCUACCCUCCGGCCAGCCAGUACAACCUUGGCACUGGUGGCCCAGCUAUCUAUUCACCUCUCCAGUACUCUGCUCCUCCUCCUCCCUCCUUCUCUUCCUCCUCACCCCAAGCCCCAGCCCCAGGCUUCAUGCCCCAAUACACCCAACAACCCCUCUACCCACCUCCUUCCAUGGGCCAGCCUGUGUCCUCCGCUCCUCCUUUCUCUCCUCCUCCGCUGUCAUCUGGAGCGUCUUUCCAACAUGGCGGACCGGGUUCGCCUGCCUCGUACAUGCCGCCACUCCCACCAACCGGAUCCUCAGAGGGAUAUAAUCCAGACACUACCUGUUUCAUGGAAGGUGAAGGCCCACAGAAUGGCUGGAACGAUCCGCCUACCCUGAGCAGAGUGCCAAAGAAGAAGAAGGUUCCAGAGAACUACACGCCUCCUUCCCCCAUCAUGGCCCCCAUCUUUUCUCCCCUCGGUGCUGGGGACCCCCAGCAGCCCCCCUACAUGCCUCCAGGCCAGGCCCAGAACCAGGCCCCCUACCAGGGCAUGCAGCAGCAGAUGGCCCCCCCACCCAUGAACCCUGGUAUGCUCAAGACGCGUGGAGGAAGUGUGGAGGGAGCGCCCGGAGCCCCGACUGGAGAUACCAUACAGCCGCUGCAGUCCAUCCCUGCUGAGAAGAUAACCAUGAAGCCCAUCCCCGAUGAGCACCUGGUCCUGAAAAACACCUUUGAGGGCCUCAUCCACAAAUGCUUGGCUGCUGCCACCGAUCCUCAAACCAAGAGGAAGCUGGAUGACGCCAACAAACGCCUUGUGGCCCUCUACGACAAGCUACGAGAGCAGACCCUCUCCCCAGCCAUCAUAGGGGGCCUGCACAACAUGGUGCAGUGCAUCGAGUCUCGAUCCUACGUGGAGAGCCUCAACAUCCACACACACAUAGUGAGCAGCAGCAACUUCAGCGAGACGUCUGCCUUCAUGCCUGUGCUCAAAGUGGUGUUGACCCAAGCCAACAAACUGGGGGUCUGAGCAGGAGAGACCCCCCCCCCCCCCCCCUCACUCCUCAGAGUCUGAGGUGAGAUGGAGAAGGAUUGGUCAGAGAUGUCAUAAGAGGCCAGAAAGUAGACGUAGGGAGCCAGGUGUUUUAAUCAGUGGGAAUUCCAUGUGGCUCCCAGUGCAGAUAUUAUACUUCCUGUAGAAUCAUGAUUUGUCCGAUCAACUUCUUCAUCCCAUUCCGGACUCGAGACCCCUCCCCCUUCUCUUUUACAACUCAAACACAAGCCAUGCCACCAGUAUCACUACAGUAUAGUAAACACAUGCGGGACAUAGGACCAAGAUGUAUUGAUAUUGCCAGUCUUAUCGUUGUCACUGGGAUAAUGUGUUAAAAAGCCAAACAACCCAGUUUUGAGGAUCAUAUUUUGUUUUCUUGUUCAUUUUUAGUGUAAUCAUGAUUUUCAGACAGAGCAGAGUGCAAUGGGGGUUGCUCCCCUUUUAACCAGAGACUGUACUUUAAAACACAGGAGGAAUCCAUGCUAAGAUAAUAUGCCAGGGAUCAUCAUCAGACUGUUUUAAUUGGGUAUUAUUGUCAGGUUUAAUAACGAGGGAACUAGCUUUUUAUAAUGGUCCGUCAUGCCAUGAAUUUCACGCGACAGUGUCCAUUUUCUUUCCCUCAGUUCUUGUCUUCAGUAUGAUUUAGGCUUUUGAUUAAACAGUCUAUUUGUCUCUUCAUCCUGGUAAGAUCAGAAAUACACUUAUGUUGCAAAUGGGAAUUUAAAAAAAAUUGACAACAUGCAAUAUUUUCAAUAAAUAGUAUUUAUUUAAAACCUGCUGCUUCAUUGUUUUAAUAUCAGUUGCUUUCAAAUGUUACUAAUUAAUGUUUGUCAUAAACAGCUUGGAUGUCAUGUUUUAAUAGACUGUCUUUCCGUUUACAAAUACUGGCAAAUUAGUUGGUACUGGACAUUUAACUAAUCUGAUACUGGAUGCAGUGUCUGAAUGCAAUGCGAGUGUGUUGGAACGGAGAAUUAAACGUAUGUGUCUUGACUGUCUCUAGCUCCAUCUUCAGCCUUGACCUUGGAGUUUUUAGUAUCUGGAAUUUGUAAUGUUAUGUAUUUACAAAAUAGAGCCACUAUUAGCUUUUAUAACAAUCUCUGCCUGCCCUCCCUCAUAUGUACUAGGCCUAAUAUGUAUGUACAUUAGAUUUAACUAUGUAACUUGUAAAAAUAAUAAUAAAUGCUUUCACAAAUCA